UGAAAUUCGUUUUAUACUGUGACUGCAUAACAGAGCCUAAAAUCGUAACAAUAGUCAGCUGCCUUUUUCACAAGUUAUUUCUUCUAGAAAUCUGAUCAUGAUUUUUAUACUCGAGCACAAAACUUAUAUAAUGCAAUAUAUUGCAUUUAUUUUUUUUUGUUUUAAAUUAUCCAAAGUUAACUGACUUAUUGUCGAGUUUGAAAACUUAUUAAAUUUCUGAUAUGAUUGUUCAGGUCAUUGAACCAUAACACUAUUGACCCUUGUGAUAAAGGGAAUUCCCCAACCAUUUUGACAUUGGUACUUUCCCUGUUGUCGCCAAGUUUUGCAGAUACUGGAAUCGACAACAAAUGGCUGGGGAAAUUUAUUUACAGAAAUGCUUAGUUGGGUUAGAACGCACAGCAGAUGGAAAAUAUUGCACGGGAAAAUUCACCGAUUGUACAAAAACUUUGGUAGAAGGAUUUAUAUCAACAUCUUGUUGUAGUUUUGUACGAAUUUCAUCUCAUUUUAAAGGUUCUUCAAAACGUUUCAAGGCUGGCAACUCAACCAAAUCAACAAUCUACUUCAGUCAAACAAACAGUACCGUCCCCAUCCCAUACCAUGGAUAUCCUUUUGAAGUUAUUGCAACUGAAAAGUGGAAUUGCAAUGAAACGUCUUCCAUGUCAAAGAAACAAACAACAAAUGAGGAUGGAUCAAAAAAGAGAAAAUCAGAAAAUAAUAACUCAUGCAGUGCUUCUAUUCAGAUUCGAACCAUUAGAAUUUAUACAGAGUAUGGAUUACCUCAGUAUGGUGAUAUAUCUGAAGCAGACAUAAAAAAGCAGAGAGAUGAUAUGAAAAGCAAAUUGUUGGAAGCAAUGACUUCUAAAAAAAGUUUGAAAUGUACUGACAUUCAUUAUUGUCGUUUUCCUCUGGCACCUGCUCAUGAUCAUAGUCAACAGAGUUCUCGUCUCACUGCAACACAGUUAGAUAAACGUGUUACCAAAAAGAUUAGAGAAUUGGCUAAAAGUGGAAUUUCAGAUGUGCAUAAUAUCAAAGCAAUGGUGUCUGACUUUGUCAUCAACACAUUAUUUGCUCAUGCUGAUGCUGAAGAAAAACCAAAACCUGAUAAUCCAAGAUAUUUUCCUUCCAUCAAAGCUAUUCGAAAUCACAUAUUUCUGGCUGUUGGAAAAGUUUCUAAUAUUCCUGGUUAUGGACAAUCAAAACAAAUACAAAGUGAUGACACGAUGCCGCCCAGUGUAACAAAAGUGAUGGAAAUUCCCUUAGAGAACAGUAGCACGACCUCAUCAAAUCUUGAAAAUCAAAAGUUUAAUGUUGGUUUCGUGGCUGUUCAUGCGGGUGCUGGUUUUCAUUCUGAUGAUAGAUGGCCAGGAUACAAACACCUAUGUGAAAAAGUUUGUGAAGAAGUUACUGAACAAUUGAAACAUGGAGUGACAGCUGGAGAAGCAGUUACAUUAGCUAUUAAAAUGCUUGAGGAUAGUGAAAUGACAAAUGCUGGAAUUGGUUCUAAUUUAACAGAAGACGGGAAGAUAGAAUGUGAUGCAAGUGUAAUGGACACUUGUCCUUCUCCAGAUUCUUCAAAUCAAUGUUCAAGUUAUUUUGGAUCUGUUGCUUGUGUUGGAAGAAUUAAAAAUCCUAUUUGUGCUGCUUAUAAAAUUUUGGAUGAACAAAGAAAGCGCCCAAGACUUGAACUUGGCAGAAUACCUCCGAGUUUUCUGGUAUCUGAAGGAGCAGAGAAUUGGUCAAGAGCUCACGGUAUUGAAUUAUGUCAAACAGAAGAUCUAAUAAGUGAAUCUUCAUACAAAUCUUGGCAAAAAUAUCACCGAAAACUUGUUGAGAAAUUAACUCGAAGUAGGCAAUAUCAAGACAAAGAAGAAGAUAAUGUGCAAAAUGAAGAAGAACUAAACAAAAGGCUGGACACAGUUGGAGCUGUUGUAUUGGACAUGCAAGGAAAUGUUGCAGCUGCAGUAUCUAGCGGAGGAUUGAUACUGAAAAUGCCAGGACGUGUUGGGCAGGCUGCUAUGUAUGGUUGUGGUUGUUGGGCUUCACCUGGUAAAACAGAUAAACCUGCUAUAGCUGUUUCAACUAGUGGUUGUGGUGAGCAAUUGAUCAGUACAACAUUAGCAAAAAUCUGUGCAGAGAAUCUGCAAAAGGAUGAACAACCUUAUCAAGCAAUACAAGAUACAUUGGUGAAAGAUUUCCUUGGAUCUUCGAUGUUGAAUUCAGAUUGCGACAAACAAGCAGGACUUCUUUGCUUACAUCAUACCAAAGAUUCAUUUAAUUGUACAAUUGAGGUUGUUUGGGGUCACACUACAAGUAGCAUGGUGAUUGGUCACAUGUCAACCAAUGACAAUAAUCCAAAAACUGUAUUGUCAAGACUUCCAGAUAAUGCAAUACCUGGUAAAUCAGUUACUGUAGGAGGAUCUUGGAUCAAGGUUGCAUGCAGUGACGAUACAACGGAAGAUAGAGUCAUAUCAAAGACUGAAAUGGAAGCUAAUAAUACAUCAAUUGAUGAGGUCAUACCCCACAAUGAUGUAACAAUUGAAGUUAAUACGAAAAAUAAUGAUCAUCAAUUAGUUUCAGUGGAUGGGAACACGGACAAUGAUAAGACUGAGGAAGGCAUUGAUCCUGACUUUACCAUCAUGUUUUCAUCACCUCUACCGGAUGGUAUCCAUGAAUCAAUGUGUCAUGUUGUAUUUUCAGAUGAAUUUAAUAGAAAGAUUGAUACUGGAUUUGAAAAAUCAAUUAUGAAUAACUGGGAGAAAAGAGUUGCUGAUAAUCCCAGAUUUUUCAACGCACAAAAGUUUCGCAUUCAUUCUGUUGAUUUCCGAUCUACUGAUGAAACAUCACAGUUUACAUUCAAUUUAGGACUUACUUGCUACAGAGAUUAUAUGGAAACAAAUUGGUCAAAAGAUGUUCAUUGGUUACAAGAUAAAGGAAUCAAAGAUUAUGAUAAUUCACAGGCCUAUUUAGCUGAACCACUUGGAGUAGCUGCUAUUGUAAUAACAGAUGAUGAUAAAGUCGUAUUUCAAUGGAGAAACUUAUGGGUGGCUGAAAGUCCAGGAAUGUUAGAUGUUCCUGGUGGGCACCCAGAGCCAACUGAUGCCGCUGGUUUUACUGAUUCAAAGAAGUUUGUUACCUUCAAUAAUUUACAUCCCGAUAACACUGUACAUGAAAUAUUCUAUUCCCAAAUGAAAGAAGUUCGUGAUGAGUUGAAUGUUCCAAUAGAAAAAGUUUCGAACCCAGUAUUAACAGGAAUAAUUCGUAAUAAUCUGAGUGCAGGACGACCAGUCGCCUACUAUAAUAUGAGAUGUCACAUGACAAGCGAUGAAAUACUUCACCAAUAUAGUAAAGGAGGACUAGAAACAGAUGAGUCAACAAAACUUCAAUUUAUCCCAGAAAAGGUGAUAUCAAGUUUAAGUCAAGACCAACCAGAAUUAUGGAAGAAAAUGUGUUCAAAUGGAAAAGCUGCUGUGACAUUAUAUACAAUGCUUUUGAAUAGAAAAUUGAAAGAAAAAUCAGGAAAAACCAUGUAAUUAUAAAAGUAAUUACAUGUCAUAGAGGCUCAAUUUCAGGACACGUCUAAUCAAAAUUGGAAAUGAGGAAUUUUUUGUAACUAGACUUGUUGCAGUAUGUUGUCCGUCAAUCAAAUGUCAUUCAAUUAGAUUAUUAGAACAUUGUAGUACUAUUUACUUUACAGUUCACAAUACAUUUUAUUUAUAUUUGAAA